GAAAUGGAGUCAGAUGAUCAUUGUCAGAAAGAACAGGUGCUUCAGAGGGAAAACUUGAAGUUGUCAUCCGAAAAUGUUGAGCUGAAGUUUCAGCUGGAACAAGCAAAUAAAGAUUUGCCAAGAUUAAAGAAUCAAGUAAGAGAUUUGAAGGAAAUGUGUGACUUUCUUAAGAAAGGAAAAACAGAAGUUGAGCGGAAACUUGGCCAGGUUAGAGGGUCUGGUAGAAGUGGAAAGACGAUUCCAGAACUAGAAAAAACCAUUGGUUUAAUGAAAAAAGUAGUUGAAAAAGUCCAAAGAGAAAAUGAGCAAUUGAAAAAAGCAUCAGGAAUUCUGACCAGUGAAAAAAUGGUUAAUAUUGAACUGGAAAAUGAAAAGUUAAAGGCUGAAUUAGAAAAACUUAAAGCUCAUCUUGGACGUCAGUUGAGCAUGCACUAUGAAUCCAAGACUAAAGGCACAGAGAAAAUUGUGGCUGAAAAUGAAAGGCUUCGUAGAGAACUUAAAAAAGAAACCGAAGCUGCAGAGAAACUGCGGAUAGCCAAGAAUAAUUUAGAGAUACUAAAUGAGAAGAUGGCAGCUCAACUGGAAGAGACUGGUAAGAGAUUACAGUUUGCAGAAAGCAGAGGUCCACAGCUUGAAGGUGCUGACAGCAAGAGCUGGAAGUCAAUUGUUGUUACAAGAAUGUAUGAAACCAAGUUGAAAGAAUUGGAAACCGAUAUUGCCAGAAAAAAUCAAAGCAUUACUGACCUUAAACAGCUUGUAAAAGAAGCAACAGAGAGAGAACAAGAAGUUAAGAAAUACACUGAUGACCUCAAACAACAGAUUGAGAUUCUCAAACAUGUUCCUGAAGAUGUUGAAACAGAGCAAGGCCUUAAAAGGGAGCUACAACUUCUUAGAUUAGCCAAUAGACAGCUGGAUAAAGAAAAAGCAGAAUUAAUUCACCAGAUAGAAGUUAACAAGGACCAAAGUGGAGCUGAGAGUAUAGUACCAGAUGCUGACCAGCUAAAGGAGAAAGUAAAAGAUCUAGAGACACAGCUCAAAAUGUCAAAUCUAGAAAAGCAACAUUUGAAGGAGGAAAUUAAAAAGCUGAAAAAAGAACUGGAAAAUUUCGAUCCUUCAUUUUUUGAAGAAAUUGAAGAUCUGAAGUAUAAUUAUAAGGAAGAAGUGAAAAAAAAUAUUCUCUUAGAAGAGAAGUUAAAAAAACUCUGUGAACAAUUUGGAGCUGAAUUACCUAGCCCUGUUGCUGCUUCUGAACAGUCUGAAGAUGAAGAAAGUCCUGACAAUUUCCCUAUUUUUUAAGAGCCACAUAUAACUAUAGUUUUAACUAUUUUCUAAGUGACUUUAUACCUCUUUCUUAAAUUGGGAGUUUUAGUAAAUAUUGAAUAUUUAGUGUAUUACAUUUUUAGCGUAUUAGAAAAUUUAAAAAUUUGAAGACU